AUGGGUCGGAGGUCGAUAGACCGGAGUGAUACCACGGCCUCACAGAAAACUGGCAUCUUCUUAGUUGCUGCUGUUGUGGCGGUCGUUGUUGGAGAGCCGCAAGGGAAACACGGACAUGAACACUACCACGCGUCCUCUUCACAGAACAUCAAACAGUACCACGGAAAAGCUACUGAGAAACACGUCGAGUACUAUUCCCACCCUAAGUACGAGUUCGCAUACAAAGUGGAGGACCCUCACACCGGUGACAAGAAGUACCAGCACGAGGCGCGCAACGGUGACGUCGUAAAGGGCGUGUACAGUCUGCACGAGCCCGACGGUACUGUCAGGAUCGUCGAGUACAACGCUGACAAAAAGACUGGAUUUAACGCUAACGUAAAAAGGGAAGGUCACGCCAAGCACAUUGUUCCUCAACACCACCAUCAUCAUUGA